UUGAGUCGAUUAGUACUGACCAUAAUUGUAACCACAUCACUAUCCGAAUUCCGUGAUUUUCAUGUACAAUGGCAUUUAUAACGGCUUACUGGGGCCUGGACGGCAUAAUAAUUCUGAUGACUUUUAUUAUAACUGUCCAUCUUUACAUGACACAUAAAUUCAAUUACUGGAAAAAGCGAAACGUUUUGCAUGCGCUACCGAUAUCAAUUUUGGGCAAUUUUAAGGAUAGCCUAUUACUAAAGAGAUCUCCUGGCUAUCUUCUGAAAGAUUUUUAUGAUCAAGGGAAAGGAAUGCCUUAUAUUGGUUUCUACAUAUUAGACAAACCAUCCUUGUUGAUUCGCGAUCGGGAACUUAUUACAAAUGUUUUAAUAAAAGACUUCGAUUACUUCAUUGAUCGAUACUCCACACCUAACAUGACUGAUCGUCUGGCUUAUUCCAGUCUCUUCUUUAUCAAAAAUCCAGCCUGGAAGAUCUUAAGAACGAAGUUGUCACCAACCUUCACCUCCAGCAAACUGAAAAAAAUGUUCGAGCUGAUGUUAGUUUGCGGUGACAAUCUAGAUACGUAUCUCGAAUCGUUAAAAUUGGAAGAUAAAGACAUUGAACUGAACAUAAAAGACUUAUCUUCCAAAUUCUUUAUGGACAUAGUUGGUACUACUGCGUAUGGACUUAAUGUGAACUCGUUAAAUAAUCCAGAUAACGAGUUUCCAAAAUAUGGCAAACAAAUUUUUAAAAUCAGCAUUUUACACGCUUACGAGUUUCUCGUGAUAUUGUUUUUACCAAAUUUAGUUCAUUUUAUCAAUGCAAAAAUAUUUGAUAAGCAAGUUACUGCCUUCUUACGUAAUGUGUUUUGGCAAACAAUCACUCAGCGCAUAAAGUCUGGUAAGAAGAGAAAUGAUCUCAUAGAUAUUCUUAUUGAAUUAAAAGGUACUUACAGAGAUCAGGAUAGUAGGACACUUGAUGGGGACGAUCUACUAGCACAGGCAGCUGUUUUCUUUGUAGCUAGUUAUGAAACCUCUUCAACAACAAUGGCUUUUACUUUAUAUGAACUCGCGAGACAUCCAGAAGUACAAAACAGGCUUAGAAAAGAAAUUCUUAAUGCGCUCGAUGGAACCGAUGGCAAAAUUACGUACAACAUGGUUAUGUCGCUACCAUAUCUCGACAUGGUAGUAUCUGAAAUUUUGAGAAUGUACCCGCCGUUACCAUUUUUAAAUCGUGUAACGAAGGAAACUUACAAGGUACCUAAUUCCGAUUUAGUUCUCGAGAAGGGUACACCAAUUUUUAUUUCGUUACUUGGUGUGCACUACGAUCCAGAAUACUAUCCUACUCCAGAUAAAUUUGAUCCGGAACGAUUCACCGAGGAGAACAAACGUAAUAGACCAACACGUGUCUAUCUUCCGUUUGGAGACGGACCACGUAUAUGUAUAGGUUCUCGUAUGGGACUUUUACAAUCAAAACUGGGAAUUAUUGUAAUUUUGAGGAAAUACGAGGUAGUACCAUGCAAAAAAACCCUAAUACCAAUGGACAGCUGCAAAAUGGCACUGAUAACGACUUAUUGGGGCUUGGAUGGCAUGAUCAUUCUUAUGACCCUCAUAAUAACUGCCUACCUUUACAUGACACGCAAAUUCAAGUAUUGGAAGAAACGAGGCAUUUUAGAAGUAACACCAAUGCCUUUCUUUGGCAAUUUUAAGGAGUGUCUAUUUCAGAAGAAAGCUCCGGCAUAUUUCCUAAAGGAUAUCUACGAUAAAAUGAAGGAUCUACCCUAUGUGGGCUUCUACGUGUUGGACAAACCCUUCCUGCUGGUUCGCGAUCGAGAACUCGUCAAGAAUAUUUUAGUGAAAGAUUUCAAUUACUUCUCUGAUCGGUACAAUACGGCCGAUCCGAUCGAUCGCAUAGGUUAUGCAAAUCUCUUUUUUAUAAGGAAUCCAGCCUGGAAAGUAGUAAGAACAAAACUUACGCCAUUCUUCACAUCUGGCAAAAUAAAAAAAAUGUUCGAUUUGAUUUUAAUAUGUGUGAAGAAUUUAGAUGAAUACCUCGAUGCAUUAGAAUUGGAAGGUAAUGGGAAGACGAUAGAAGUAAAAGAGUUAACCGCCAAAUUUGCUACGGAUAUAAUCGGAAGCACCGCUUACGGACUUGAUGUAAAUUCGUUCAAAAAUCCAAAUGCGGAGUUCCGCAAAUACGGCAAGAUGAUAUUUAAUUAUGAUACAUACCGCAGCUUUGAGAUGCUCGCAAUAUUUUUCCUUCCAACUAUAGUCCGUUUGACACGAAUAAAGAUAUUCGGCAAAGAGCCCACUGAUUUUAUGCGUAAAGUUUUUUGGGAGACACUAACUCAACGUAUGAAAUCUGGUUUGAAGAGGAACGAUCUCAUUGAUAUUCUUCUCGAACUAAAAAAUAAUAAUAAUGAUCUUAAAGAUUUCACAUUCGAUGGUGAUGAUCUUUUGGCACAAGCAGCCAGUUUCUUCUCAGCUGGUUUUGAUACCUCUUCAACGACUACGACGUUCGCGUUGUAUGAACUCGCGAUGCAAUCUGAAAUACAGAACAUUCUGCGAAAAGAAAUCUUCGAGGCACUUGAGAAAUCCAAUGGAAAAAUUACAUACGAUAUGGUAUGGUCAUUACCAUAUCUCGAUAUGGUGAUAUCAGAAACAUUGAGAAUGUACCCGCCAUUGGGAUAUUUAAAUCGCAUGCCCAAUCAGACUUACAAAGUGCCUGAGUUCAAUCUCGUAAUUGAAAAAGAUACACCGGUUUACAUUUCGAUGCUUGGCCUACAUUAUGAUCCAAAAUAUUUCCCCAAUCCUAAUAAAUUCGAUCCAGAACGAUUCAAUGAGGAGAACAAUCGUAACAGACCACCAUGUGUCUACUUCCCAUUCGGAGAAGGUCCACAUUCAUGUAUAGGCAAUCGCUUCGGGCUCCUGCAAACGAAGCUAACACUACUCAAGAUCUUGAGCAAAUGCGAGGUGACACUGUGCAAAGAAACUUUGGUUCCAGUAGUAAUUGAUCCAAGAGGAGCCAUGACAGUGCCGUUAAACAGUGUUUUGCACCUUAAUUUUCGAAAAAUUAAUACUAAUGCUAUUUAAAAUAUUUUACAGAAUUUUUUAUUUAAAACCAUAAACGUACAAUAUAUUCCUUUAUACUAAAUACGCGCUUUGAUAAGAAAUUU